AAUGACAAUCAUUAGCCAAGGGUAAUGCAAGCUGCAAACAUGCGGAAGCGACAGUUUCAUCUCCCCAUGGAAGCCUCUUUGCUUCAUUCAAGGCAUGGGUCCAGUGACAGAGAGGUACCUGAUAAGAAGUCUAAUUUCCAUCUUGAUCUAUGGUUCUACUUCACAUUGCAAAAUUGGGUACUGGACUUUGGUCGCCCAAUUGCCAUGAUUAUUCUUCCAUUGGAAUGGUUUCCAUUAAACAAACCUAGUGCUGGUGACUACUUCCAUAUGGCAUAUAAUGUCAUCACACCAUUUCUUCUUCUAAAGCUUAUAGAAAGAUCUCCCAAAACACUUCCAAGUUCAGCAGUUUAUCUCUGCAUUACUACGUUUGUUAUGGGGGCAAGCAUCCAUUUGGUUGGAGAUUCCAUAAAUCAUCGUUUAAUCCUAAGUGGAUAUCAAAAUCAUCUAUCUGUGCGAGAAAAUCCCAUUAUUAAAAACCUUCAGCCAGAGACCCUGAUCAACUCAUUUGAACUACUGUAUUACUAUGAUGAAUAUUUGGGCCACUCAAUGUGGUAUUUCCCAUUUUUUCUUAUAUUAUUCCUCUAUUUUACUGGUUGCUUCACUUCAAUUAAGGAAGACAGCAGAAUGCCACUUACAGCCUGGUUCCUUGUCAUCCCAAGUGGCCUAUACUACUGGUACCUUGUCACCGAAGGACAGAUUUUUAUUCUUUACAUUUUUACUUUUUUUGCAAUGAUGGCAACGGUGAUGCACCAGAAACGUAAGAGACUCGUUCUGGACAGUAAUGGACUUUUUCUGUUAUAUUCGUUCAGCAUUACACUGGCAUUGAUUGCCAUAUGGGUUGCCUGCCUAUGGAAUGAUAAGAUCCUGAGAAAGAAGUAUCCUGGGGUCAUAUAUGUACCAGAGCCCUGGUCUUUUUAUACUCUGCACAUCAAAAGUGCUCACUAACAUUUAUAAUAUUUUCACGGUGUAUGAUAUGGAGAGUUUGCUGUGACUUAAACAUAUCUGGGGAGCAGAAGAUAUAUUCUCUAUUGUUUACUUUAUUGUCAUGCAUCAGUUCAAAGUUUUGUAUUGGGUAUAAGUUUGUAUAAGCUAAACAAUCAUAUAUAAAUAUAACAAACAUGUUUUUGACAGGACGAUUAAUGUACUUAUGUAAUGAAAGCAGUGUCGUGUUUUUUUUUUCACUUCUGACCAUGUUGAUGCAAUUUGGAACAGACUGUGUUGAAGCUAAUGGAAUAGCUCUUAUCUUGGGUCAUAGGAUCAUAGGAAAUGCAAGGCAUUUGAGUCUUGUAAUCAUUUGUACAUCGGCAGUACACAUCUUCAGACUGAACCUCCUCUAUUGAGGAGGGCCAGACAAAUAAAGCCAAGAGUGAAUUUGUGAAUACCCAUCCAGUUCCCUUUUGAAAAAGGUAAACAUUUUAUCACCAGAAUCAUAGCUAGGGUGGGUUGUCUGAGUGCAAAAGGUUUUGGGGGGGAGGCACGAUCAGCCACCUUUCAUCACAAUCUCUCUUUCUCUCUUUUUAGUGCAAUACUGGCUUUUAAAAAUGGUUUACACUUGCAGUGAAACUGGAGUGCUGCAGUGCUCCAUGUGUUGUCUAAACUGUGGCAACCAUUUACUCAUUUGUAGCAAGCAGUUUGCUACAGUUAACAAAAAAGUGUUUGUUUUUUUAUUUAAGACACAAGCACCAUAGCACUCCAUGCAGGCAGAAUAUAAACUGUUUGCUAUAUUUAAAGUAAGCACUGUGCUACAGUUACAUAUAGCUUUAUGUGUGGAGCAGGAGGAGCAUUAGGAGCAGGGCACAGAAACAGGACCUGAAUGUCUGGCCACCUGGUUGGCACUUGAAUGGAAGAGCUGGUGGGGAGUGAGGAUCUAACUGCAAUAAGUCGAUCUCUACAAUGAAAAGAUCAGCUUAAUACAGUGAAAUGCUUUUUUGUUGUUCUUCUUCAAGCUGGAGGGGUGUGGCUCUAACUGUAAUAAGCCAACCUCUAAAAUGUGGAGAUCGGCUUAAUAAUACAACAAAGUGCUUUUUUUCUUUUCUUUUAUUUGCUCUUCACUUGAAGAACCGAGGGAGGCACUGGUUUGUUGUAUCAGCACAGGGCACUGGUAGUGCCAGCUAUGCUUCUGUGUAUCACACUGCUUAAUUUGCAGGGUAGUCGAAUACAGAAGUGGGAGAAGCACUGUGCAAUUAACUUAUCUCUCCACUUUGUUUUAUUUACUUGCUGGUGAAGAUUUAAAUCGCAUGCUCUCCUAUUUGUGAAAUUAUUCAAUUUAUUGAGUUACAAACAUUCUGGACCACAGUGUCCCUAAUGGCUCAGAAGGCAAGGCACAAAUCUCCCCUCACGAGUCUAUAAGACACUGAAUAUAGGGCCAUUUCUUCCAGUGUUUUUCUGAUAGCUUAGGGUUUUUAAGCCAGGCAUCAGUCCCCAGACACCAACACAUGGGUAGUACCUUUUUCCUAAAGCUGUAACCUGCAUUCAGAAUGCUGAUGAUAUUAUUUUACAUGGUUAUUGAUUCUUCAGUGUUAAACAUUAUUGUCUUCAGAACACUGACUUAAUAUUCUGUAUCCUAAAGUGCUAACCACUUCACAAUCGUUUUCAUCUGAAUCUGUACAAAGCAGUGUGCAGAAGUAGUCGGAACUUUGAGAUAUGACAGUGGAGAGGUAUAGGAAGAAUCAGGGUAGUAUUUCUAAAUAUUUUCCAUGAAGCUGAGACUACAGAAGCAUAACAGUUCCAUGCUUAUUAAAUGUACAUCAAGAAUAAGUCCAAUUUCAUCAACCUCUCAUGCAUUAGCAGGACAAAGCUGUGGUACUUCACUAAGUAUGUGUGUCAGACAGAAAUAAAGAACCUCACCAAUCUCUUCCUGGAGAUAAGACACAUAGGAAAUGAUCCUCCUUGGAAACUAAUGGCAUCUCUUAAAAUGCCUGAAGCUCAUUAUGAACAACAGUAUUAAUCAGAGUGACACAAAGUCAUGCCAUGGUUUUGAAUGCCACCAGUACAACACACCACUAUUAAUAAAUUCUAUUCAUAAUACUUAUGACUUUAUCAAAUAAAAUACUAACAUUUCAAUAAAAUUCUAAGACAUAAAGAGGUUUCUUGCAAAAGAAUGAGUGGUAAAGAGAAUUGCUGAGUAAGGCCAUCUGUUUUUUUUUUUUUUUUUUUUUUUAAUUUAGAGUUCUCCUCUCAGGUUUGUAAGGUCAGACUAUGCCAUUAUUUUUCAGUAGAAAAAAAAAACAUUAUGGACAGUGUCCAGUGAACAGCUGUUCUAAUAAAUGAUAUAUAAAAUUAUGGUUGCCUUUCUAUCAGGGAUGCCUUUACACAAAAUGUUGCUAAAAGAACCCCAGAGGCUAAAUUUUCAGUUGUCUAAGUAUUUACAUAUAUCCUUAAAUUGAAAGGUCACAGCUUCAUGUUACAGUUAUUAUACCCCAAAAUACAUGCAGCACUACUAAUAUAAUUGGCAAAAGUGUCUUAGUAGAUGUAUUAACAUUAAAAAAACUACAUGCAUUGUGAUGCUUAAUGUUCUGUUUCUUAGAUAUAAAAACACAUGCAUACUUCUAGAACAUUGUCUAUGUUUCCAGCAACAGAGGUAACAGAUUUAGCAUUCCAUGCUUUGUACCUUGCUUCUUUCUAGCUUUUAUAUUCUUUGUGAAAAAUGACUUAUUUCAGUAUGCACCUUUGUGUCUCAAUUUUCAACAAAAGCAAGAACUGAAAAAAUGAAGUAUAAUAAAUGCUUGCAAAUUUUCAAGAA